AUGAUCGACGGCGAUACAAGUGCCUACGAUGAAUCGUUGGUUGACCAAUGGACUUUCCUGACCGAUGAACAAGAACUUUCCAAGCGAGAUCUGAAACAUCACAAGCGAGAGAGUAUGUUCUCGAACAACAAUGACACCUUUGACAACGUGGUCGAGACAUAUCACAUCCAGUGCACCAAUCUCUACGUCAACGUAUCAAACUGCAAUUCUUUGUUCGAAGGUGGUGCGUCAAACACCAUUGUCAAAAUGCCAAAGGACUUGGGAGCCGGUCCAUAUGCCCGUGUGAUCAGUUUGGUCCCUCUUGGAUCUCAGAGCACGUCUUCAAUCAUCAAGGCCAGAUCAACUAGCGAGGUGUAUGAGCUCACCGUGGAUUACGAUCUGGCCAGUGCCGCGACCGAAGCCAAGGGCGACGUGAACUUCCGCGUCGAUUACACCAAUCUCCUAGAAUAUUGGAAUGAGAUCACAGAUAGCCCAGGCUCCAAACGCAAGAGAUGGUUCGGGGCUUAUGAUGAUUGGCUGAAGAAGAUGACCACGAUUGUGAAAGACGAGAGGAGCUACCUACCCCUGGAUUACGAGGAGAAGAUCAAACUAUUCCACGCUCAUGCUAAUUGUCCCAAGACCAACAUCGAUGCAAUAUUCGACAUUGAUGCCAAUAUCAAGCUGGCGCUGAAUGGUCAGUACGGCUAUUACUUUGAGGGAUCUAUCCUGCCUACUCCUACGCUGAUUUCGGCGUAUGGAUAUUUCUCCAUCGAACCGGUGGCCGCGAUUCUCAUUACUCUCAGGGCAGAGGCCGUUAUGCAGUCCGACUCAGGUGUCAUGGAACUCUUCAGUGCAGGAUUCCCUGGUCUUUCACUAUCGGCCUCCCUCCAAGUAUCAGGUGAGCUGAAUGCAGGCGUCAGUCUCGAAUGGGAUCGCACCGAGGUGUACUCCCCUCAGGACGCAGCAGGUGAGAAGGCAAGUAUUGCGCCUAAGGACUUGCAAAGCGACGACAAUCAGGUUUAUUCGUUUGAGCCUACGUUCGACGCAUCACUCACUGCGCAGGGAAAUCUGGCAUUGUCUCUUACUCCUGAGGUCCGCUUCGGCAUUUCGGUUCUUGGAGGCGACCUGAUGUCAGGAUAUGUGACAGCGGGAAUUACCAACACCAUCAAGCUGGGUGUAAAUGCCACUGCAAGUGUUUCAGUCGAUGGCUCGACUAGCGCUGGAUUCUGCUACUGGGCAGACUUUGUCUAUUCCAUCUUUAUCCAGGCGAAUGCCUCAUUCAUUGACGGGGCAGCAUACUGGGGUGAUAAAUAUGAUGUUGUUUCCCCUAGUGAUCCUCUGCCUCUCGUGGAAGAAACUUGUAUCAAGUAUGCGAGCAGUGAUCCGCUCACCAAAAGAGACAACGUCGAAGCCUUAGUGGCAAACAGUACCGGAUCAGGUUGUUUCGGAGGUCUCAUUGCCUGUAACACCGUCAAUGAUGACACAGAUUCAUCUGGAAAUAUGACUUGUCCUUAUGCAUGCGAAGGAACAUCCUGCACGAUAUUGGACACAAGCAGUUCUCUCAGCAGACGGCAGGCAGUAACAGGUCAAUGCAUGCACUAUCCAGCCAUGUUCUACAACUGCGAAUGGUUCCCAAACAAGGAUAUUCCCAAUCUGGACACGUCCACCAAUGGAAACAUGCGAUACUACUCGUCAUUGGGGAUUUGCACCAAUAUCCAGAACUAUCUCGAUCGCCAUGCCAGCCUGUGGGCGCCAAGCUAUAUGGGGGACACCUGGAUGCGUCUAACAUACAAACCCGAUCCUUCCAACACCAACCGGAACCAGGCUUGUGGAGAUCCAAAGAAAAAGACCGGCAAUAUGGCUGCCCACUGUGCCCAAGUCAAAAGGUCUCUCUGGCCUCAAGCGAUUCAGCAAGCAGGGAAAAACGCAGGUGGAAUGCAGGGUUGGAGUGAAUCCAUGUCCUGUGAUGAAUUCCCUUUCAAUUCUGCCGCAGAAGGUGGCACUGGUGCUAGCACCUCUUGCACGCCAUGGGAACAGCAACAGUACCAGAGCUCCAUUACUAGUAUGAUCCCGAUUCUUCAUGACAGGACAAACAAUAAUUUGCCUUGGAGUACCGAGCCUUGGACAGGUCAGCUCCCACGCCAGUAUACGGUCAACCUUUUUGACUCAACCUCAAACCCUACUGGCACAUUCCUUGGAACCUAUGGAGGCUACCUCGCGGGUAAUCAGAACCUCAUUCGAGCGCGCAUCGCAGGUGGCGUCAACACUUUUGGCACCAACAGCAUCUACUAUUUGACCGCGACCUCGCACAACGCCCUUUGCCACAUUGACGACGGCUUUAAUCUGAGAAGCACUGCCAUGGGAGUCCAAUAUAUCAAGCUAAUCGUGUGCAACGUCGUGUACGGUGACUCGCUAGGUACAGAUCUCAAGAAGCGAGAUGGGGAAGAUGAUGACGAUUACACAGGUCGUCCGGAGAUGCACUCUCGAUUCUGGCAGGUGCAAGCAGAGCUUCGAGUCCCCAAGAACUGGCAGAAUCAUGUGGUUCUCACGCGUCGGGGUGACUCGGAGAGUUUUGCCCGCGGCUUGGCCCAUGGAAGCGGUGCGUCAGAUGGUUUGAAGUGGGAUGAUACGGAUUCGCAUGCUCUGCACCUGCUUGAUGAGAAUGACCAGCCUGUCCAAUCUUCCACAUUGGCCACCCGAGCCCAAGGACAGGCCAUUCCAGAGUCGGAGGGUGAAAGUGACGUGGAUCUGUCUGCAUCCGCUUCGUGGAGAAAACAUUAUGGAGAGCAUUUGCGCCGACACGGUCAUGGACAUCAUUAA